CUGAAGCCAGCGCCAGAGAAGCCACAGCGCGCAGCGCCCUGCUCCAGAGCUGGUUACGCCAGCCAGCCCCGCCGCCCGCCCGCCCGCUGCCUCCCUCGCUCGCCGUCUCUCCUCGCCUCUGAUUCUGCGCACAGCCGGCCCCAGCGCCUGUCAUUCUGCAAAACACAGUUUACUCCACGGCGAGCGGGGGAGACAGAGGGAGAGGUGGCGAGGAGGCAGCCGAGCAGCCAAGUCCCGCAGCCCAGCAUGGCUUCGGGGGACCUUUACGAGGUUGAGAGGAUUGUUGACAAAAGGAAGAACAAAAAGGGCAAAUGGGAAUAUCUUAUCAGAUGGAAAGGCUAUGGAAGCAAUGAGGACACGUGGGAACCUGAGCAUCACCUAUUGCAUUGUGAGGAAUUUAUUGAUGAGUUCAACGGACUACGUGUCACUAGAGAAAAACGAGCAAAACAUGGGAAACAGACCAGUGCGCCAAAAUUUUUACGAGAAAGCCGAGGGUCAUCUGUUGAGAAAAUAUCACACAGACCUUCUGAAUCUGGGAAGGCCAAAGGGUCAACACAUAAAAGAAAGCGAAUUAACCCAUCUCUUCAAAAACAGAAAAGAGGGUACACAGCAAAGCCGGCACCUGCUGGUGACAGGGCCGCUAAAACUGUGACUUACCGAACUACGCCCAGUGGUUUACAGAUCAUGCCAUUGAAAAAGCCUCACAAUGGCCUACAGAACGGAGAUGCUGGUCACGAGAAAGAAUCUAGACAUUUUGGCAAUGGCUCACAACAGCAAAAUAUGGAUUUAAAUGGCCAUGAAGGAGAACAUGAUUUGCCCAGCAUGUUGGAAGUUAAUAAUGAUGUGCCUGUUGUGAAUGGAAUCGGUUCCUCUCUGGCCAAUGGAGGCCUGAAUCUGCACAGCACUGUGAAAAGGAAACUGGAUGGGGAGAAAGAUUAUGUCUUUGAUAAGAGACUAAGGUACAGCGUGCGUCAAAAUGAAAGUAACUGUCGGUUCAGGGACAUUGUGGUCCGGAAAGAAGAUGGUUUCACACACAUUCUGCUCUCCAGCCAGACUUCAGAUAACAAUGCACUGACCCCAGAGAUCAUGAAGGAAGUUCGGAGAGCAUUGUGCAAUGCAUCAGCUGAUGACAGUAAACUCUUACUUCUCAGCGCAGUGGGAAGUGUAUUCUGUAGUGGCCUAGAUUACUCAUAUUUAAUUGGCAGGUUAUCCAAUGACAGAAGAAAAGAAAGCACUAGGAUUGCAGAAGCUAUAAGGGAUUUUGUAAAAGCUUUUAUUCAAUUUAAGAAGCCAAUUGUAGUUGCUAUCAAUGGCCCAGCUCUUGGGUUGGGAGCUUCUAUCUUACCACUAUGUGAUAUCGUUUGGGCAAGCGAGAAGGCUUGGUUUCAGACCCCAUAUGCGACGAUCCGACUCACUCCAGCUGGCUGCUCAUCGUAUACAUUCCCACAAAUACUGGGUGUUGCUCUGGCAAAUGAAAUGUUGUUCUGUGGGAGAAAGCUAACAGCACAGGAAGCCUGCAGCAGAGGACUUGUGUCACAAGUAUUUUGGCCAACAACAUUCAGUCAAGAAGUGAUGCUGCGAGUAAAGGAAAUGGCAUCUUGCAGCGCAGUGGUAUUAGAAGAGUCUAAAUGCCUGGUGCGGAGCUUCCUGAAAUCUGGACUUGAAGAUGUGAAUGAAAAAGAGUGUCAGAUGUUAAAACAGCUGUGGAGUUCUUCCAAAGGACUGGAUUCAUUAUUCAGCUACUUGCAAGACAAAAUCUAUGAAGUCUGAAAUCAUAGCUUAACUUCGAGAGAAAACAUUCCAAGUGUAAAGAGUUCAAACAUUACCUGUGUUUGAAAAGCAGAGGGAACGCAUCCUUGAGAUGAAUUUGUGACAGUGUAUCUUAAUACAUAUGGUUGUGUCAAUUUCCUUGUGAGUUAAAUUGAGAAGUUACACAGCUGCUUCUAGCUGGUUUGAUUUUGUGUAAUCAAGAUGGAGGCAGGCUUGGUCAGCGCACAUAAAUUCUACUGAGUGCUGCAUCAUUCACAUGCUCAUCCAGUUAGAAGUGUACAUUCCACGUGCUGAAAAGCACUACUGUGGCCCAGUAAGGCACACCAUCUGUAAUGAUUUAUUUUAUCUGUCCUUUUUUUAACUUAUUCUUGCUUUGCAACAAAUGUCUGUGCUGACACUGAGGGCUCGAUCUGAAAAUCAGGUCACAGUAACAUUCUGCAGACCCAGAUUAUUAUACUUCAGAAAUCUUUUAAUUAUUUUUUUAAGUUCUAACAAUGUAAUGAAAAAACCUGAUAAUUUAUGUGUAUAAUAUGUAAAGUUAGUUUUGGGUGAAAAAAAAUCUACUAGGAUUUUUUUCUUUCACUGAAUUUAUUUAACUUAUUUAUUUUAUGUUUGUAUGCAACUGUUUAUUGAUCAUAUAGAUAUUAUUUUCAUACUUCCCUUGACUGGAUUAAUGGUUUCACAUGAGAAUGCAAGUAGCCCAGUGCAUUUUUAACAGUGAGCUGUGUAUACAAUAAAGAACAUACAGAAAUCACCAAAUGUCUGGGCACUAAAAGUGACAGCCAUGUACGUGUUCCUUUAUGUGUGAAAUUGUACAAAGAUGUAUUGAAGUUGAGUCAUAGUUUGUUAAACUCGUUAAGGAAAAUCAGUGGCAGCUGCAAUAGUGAGUCCCACACAAGUCUCUCUUCACUUCCUGCCUUUUUGAGGAGCACUGAAGGGCUUGCCAACAAAAUGCUUUAAGUUUACUAUUUUCUUAUUAGCUGGACAUUAAUAACAGGGUGUGUGGUGCCCUUAUGUGGCAUCAUAGUGUUCUUCAGGUUUAAACAUCUCCUUUUGGUCUGAAGUCUACAAACAAACCCUUGUGAGCCUUAGUCCAUCUGCCUGAUUGCUCAGUUGUGGGAUAAUUAAUACUCUGGAGGCAUCUGGGUCUGGGAUAGGAGUUUUAUAAAAAGGUGCUAGGUUUUAAACUGGGUGGAGACAGAGUUUUUGUUUUGCUUUUCCAAUACUCCAUGGCUGGCCACCCCAUGAUCUGGUUAUGCGGAAGAAAAAAAAAAUCUAUGGCUGUCCAUAAAAACAGUCUGUGAUAAGGUGAAAGAAAAAAGAAAAAAAAAAAAAA